AUGCUGGCCGAUGGAUGGUCCAAUUGUCUGGACUCGGCAUGCAACAGAUGGUUCCGUUCGAAUCUCGACAUGUCUGGCCACAUGCAGCUGGACCAUGGUGUGGAGACAGCAGUGGUGUCCAGCCACUUGCAGCUGGAGCAUGGUGUGGAGACAGCGGCAGUAACAGCACUCUUGGUCGAUCAGCCCCAACUACUCGUAACUGGUGGCGAUGUCGUCCCACCACUACCUCGCGUCAAUCUCAACAACUUCAGCUGCCAACACGAGUUCUGCGACAGCUCAUACAUGGUCUACAGCCAGUUGCGCAAUCACUGCAAAGAGGAACAUGCUUGCACAUGGACAUACGCUGCAUGUCCAAACCAUCACGUGUUCCCAAGGAUUGGAUUCAAGGCAGAUCCAAAGGACACCGAGUCGAUCCGCAUGAUGCUUGCCAACGGACUGAUCAAGUGUCCGCACGCGUCCUGCACCAGCUUCUUCCCCACACACGGCGCCAAGCAGAGUCACUUGACACAGGCGAUGCAUCAGUGUGCUGAGCCAUGGAGAUGCAGGGCAUGUCAACAACUAGAGGGCAGUGUUGAGGAGGAUAUCAAGCACAGGAUCCGGUGUAUGCAUUCGUCAUGCGCCAAAGUGUACUCGAACACAUACAACGCGUAUGCUCAUUGCGCCUCGGUACAUCGAUGUGCGUGCACCUAUGCCACUUGUCCAAACCUGCGUCACUACCAAAAGAAGAAGUUCUCGGUCUUGCCUGAUGACACAAAGUCGAUCACAAUGAUGCUUGCCAAUGGCUUGAUCAAAUGCACACAUACAGACUGCCACAUCUACUUCAUACGCGCCAAGAGCCAGAUGAACCAUGUGCGUAAGAUUACACAUCAAUGUAUCGAUCCAAGUCACUGCAGGGCCUGUCAGAAGCGACGCUCAUCAUUAGGGUCAAUUGACAGCCACGACCAUGGCGUCUUGGCAUUGGAGGAGCAUGAACAUAGCAGCAACAGACUGAAGAAGAGGAACAAGGUAACAAGCAGCAAUGUAGACGUACACGUAGACGUAGACGAUGUGGAUCAACAUGAUCCUGCUGGCAACGUACAUCUAUUAUACCUCGUCAACCUUCGAGCAAAAAGAACGAUUCAACAGGUUGCCUGGAGGAGUGUGGCGAAGACCAAAGGUGAUAAUGGUGAGGGCGAGAAUGUUGAGAUUGAAGAUAAGGUUACAGAGCUUGGAGCGCUGGCAACAAUCUUCAACAUCAAAUGUCCCCAUAUCAGCUGCGAGAGUAGUGGUACACUGGAUGAGAUGCUGGUCCAUCUUGGAGAGGAUCACAAGUGUCCAACUCUGUCUCUACUUCCAUGUGAUGGUUGCAAACUGGACCAAGAGGGGUCAAAUUGGCUACUCAUUUAG